UCUUGUUUUUGAGCCUUGCCUUCAAAAAAGCUGUGUCUCAUCAUGCCAAACCAACAGAAGAAAAUCAUUUUUUGCACAGCUGGGGUGUUAAGCUUCGUGUGUGCCCUUGGAGUUGUGACAGCCCUUGGGACACCGCUGUGGAUCAAAGCCACCAUCCUCUGCAAAACAGGGGCUCUGCUCGUCAAUGCUUCAGGACAGGAGCUGGACAAGUUCAUCGGCGAGCUGCAGUACGGGCUUUUCCACGGACAGGGCGUGAGGCAGUGCGGGUUAGGAGCAAGGCCCUUUCAGUUCUCAUUUUUCCCAGAUUUGCUCAAAGCGAUCCCAGGGAGUAUCCACGUCAAUGUCAUUCUCUUCUCCACAAUCCUUAUUCUUUUAACCAUGGUGGGCACAGCCUUCUUCAUGUACAAUGCUUUUGGCAAACCCUUUGAAACUCUGCAUGGUCCACUAGGGUUGUAUCUCUUGAGCUUCAUUUCAGGCUCCUGUGGCUGUCUUGUCAUGAUAUUGUUUGCCUCUGAAGUGAAAAUCCACCACCUCUCAGAAAAAAUUGCAAAUUAUAAAGAAGGAACUUAUGCCUACAAAACGCAAAGUGAAAAAUACACCACCUCGUUCUGGGUUGUUUUCAUUUGCUUUUUUGUUCAUUUUCUGAAUGGGCUCCUAAUACGACUUGCUGGAUUUCAGUUCCCUUUUGCAAAAUCUAAAGACACAGAGACAACUAAUGUAGCUGCAGAUCUAAUGUACUAAAAGGCUAACAUUUCUUUAAUUUUCCAAAUAAGUAAGUGGACUUGCUUUGGUCA